CGUACACAUAGCCACCUUAGAGGUGAAAGGGUAAAAAAAAUGCAGCGUCUUAGCAGAGCUCUCCUCCGGCGGGAUGCCCUAAAUGCCGGGAGCUCAAUGACUCUUGGGAGUAAGGGCUCGAAACCCUCACCGGAGCCUCAUCGCCGUCGUAUGCCUUGGACGGCGGCCCGCGAAUACGUACCGGCGGUGGUGCUCAACGCCAAGGAUAAGACGAUCUUAGACGGCACCCAGCUGGUGGAACUUGAUCAUAUCGACCGCUCCUCGCAGGUGGACCCGCUGGAGGUGCUCAAAGCCGCCGUUGCCACCUACCACUACAAUACGUCCACGGGCAAGAAUAUCUUCCAAAUCGCCUCGCAAGUCGCGUAUCAUGGUCGCGGCCAGCGCUUCUUUCGCAAGGAAUGGAAGGAGGGGACCUAUGACAAGCACAUCACCCUCUCCGCAAUCGACUUCGACCGCGACGGAAACAACGGCACCGUCUACGGUUAUGUGACGUUUCACGGCGAAAGUACCACCCGUCCGGUCAAAAUCGAACACGCCGAGAUCCCUGGCUGGAUAAUGGAGUAUCAUACGGACGCUGAGGUGCCCUUCGACGUUCCGGUGGCGCCGCCGCCAAGCAUCGGCACGGAUGUCCCUGUCGACCCCAAGCAAUACCGCCUCAAGGCCUAUCCGUAUUACGACGCGCCCAACCCACCAGAGUUUGUCGAGCGGUUGCUGAAAGACCGCGGGGUGAUUCCGGACUUGCCGGUGGACACUUCGGAAGUGGACGGAAUCAAUAAUGAAGAGGAGUAUUCCACAGAAGCUUCGGGGGACGGAUCCGUGCACUACCAAGGGUAGAAUCGGGAGUAAUCAAUAUCAACUGCGCGGGUGUGCGCGUACUCUU